AUGAACCCGCCACUUCCUACCCGGCUAUUCGUCAUCUAUCUAUCUAUCUAUCUAUCUAUCUAUCUAUCUAUCUAUCUAUCUAUCUCAGUCUCUUCACAUCUAUCUAUCUAUCUAUCUAUCUAUAGGAAUUAUAUCAUUAUAAUUAUUAUAUCGGUCUCUCUGAGUCGGGCACUUCGAGGAGGAGAGACGAGGAUCGCUCUAAGUGAAGCGACGCCAGCUUCAUCUGCAACCUGCCAGUUCCGUACCGAGCACGUUUCCCUGCCACCUGUGCUCGAGAGCUUGUCGUUCGCCGAUUGGGCUACUAUUUCUUUUGGCAGCCUACAAAAAAAUGGACGGAGAUGGAAGGAAAGCGUCUAUUUUCCUGCCACUUUCUUUCUUUCUUUCUUUCUUUCUUUUUUGCUUAGGUUUUCGUCUAUAUCUUCCGAUUCUUUCUCUUUUUUCUUUCGUGUAUUCUUUUACCCAACACUCUUUCUUUCUUUCUUUCUUUCUCUCUUUCUUUCUUUCUUUCUCUCUUUCUUUCUCUCUUUCUUUCUUUCUUUCUUUCUCUAUUUCUUUCUUUCUUUCUUUCUUUCUUUCUUUCUUAACAUUUCUCUUUCUUUCUAUCGUUGGGUUUGUUCAUAUUCUUUUGAAUAUUUCCCUCUUCUUUCUUUCAUACACUGUUUUCCCUCCCACAUUCAUUCAUUCAUUCUUUCUUUCUUUCUUUCUUUCUUUCUUUCUUUCUUUCUUAAUAUUUCGUUCAUAAUCCUCCGACUCUUUCUCUUAAUCUUUCAUAAAAUCUUUUCCCUCCACUUUUUCUUUCUUUCUUUCUUUCUUUCUUUCUUUCUUUCUUUCUUUCUUCGUCAUUCGUUCAUAUUCUUCUGA